AGCUAGCGCCCAUCAUUCAGCCCAGGACAGAAAGAGAGGGAUCAUCACCCGUGUCCUUGUAGAGAAAUAGAGAAAAGAGGAAGCAUGACCAUUCCAUGGAGGACAGGUGUCAUGCUGAUGUUCUUUUCUUCUGCAGAGGCUUCAUUGAAUGAACCGGUCAUCUGCUACAUACUGGACGGAGUCCUGAUUCUCUACUCCAUCAUCACCACCGUUCUAUUCUUCAAAGUGAAGUGGGGCCAGUCUGUAACUGAACCUGUGGAGGACUGCACAUAUGCAGAACUCCUGACGGGUACUAUUGCUGACGACUAUGAGGAUCUAAGGACUGACCAGACUGCAGCUACUAGACGGAAGCGCAGACAGGAAGCUAGUAGCGACACAUACCAGGCUCUCCAGAUAAAUAAUGAUGGGCGUGAGGUCUACCAGGUGAUCGAGUCCAAGGGGAGGACUCGCAAGAAGGACAAGAAAGCCAAGGUCCCCCAGCCUCUCAGUGCAAACACCCAGACUCAGACCCGGCCCUCCGCCACCUCCAAACCGAUCUGACCCAGUCAGCCCUCGGCACGGAGGCAGCUGUUUACUCCACUGGCAGGUCUCCCCUGCACUGAUCCCACAGUCAGCUUAUAUCUCUGAAGAUAACAGUAUAGAAGGUUAUCUGCUUUCUGGCUAUAGCAGUGUUCUACUCUUGAGCUCAACUCCCUGCCCUGUUAUUGCAUGUUACAAAUCAGCAGAAAAGUGUGCAUGUCUUAUCUAUGUUUAUUGACCGCUUUCUGUGCCCUUUAUGGCUGUAUGUGGUAAUGUUGAUAUUUUGACCAUAAUAAAAAACAGUACACGUUCCAAUGUUAAAACACUUGGAAAAUGGUUUAAUGAUGUUUACAACUAAAGAGAACUGUACAGUUACAGUAAAAUAUUGUUUAUAUAUAUAUAUAAACAAAUAAAAUACAGCAGACAAAUGCAUCAAAUCUA